AUGGAGCGGCAGCGGCAGCAGCAAGAGCCGGCGAGGCGGACCAUACCGCGGCGCGGGCAGAUCAAAGCGCGCAUCUUCGCCAGCCUAUUCCGGUGCAUCGUCCCCAAGGCACCAGCGCGCAAGGAAGGCGGCAAGAACAAAGAUGGGAGCAGCCACCGCGGCAAGAACAAAGAUGGCAGCAACCACCGCCGCGUUUCCCCCGGUGGCUGA